GCAAUGAAGGAGCAGUCAAAAAUUAUUUUACCCUCCCUCUCUGUCUCCCGUUCGUGAAUCCCAGGAGAAAGCCGAAGCCCCUUCGACGACCCGGCCUCGCCUCCUCUACGCUAGCCGAGCCCGAACCCACUUUCGCCGACUUGCCCUAGCCGCCGGCUGUCCCCUUUGCUACAGGUGGCCUUGUUCAAUAUAAUUCUAGGAUAACAGUUUGCGUACCUCAUGUGGAUAAUUUCUUAGAAUGUUUGGAACCAUGGACUAUUGGCUAUUAUCAUGUUCAUCAAAACUUUAUUUUCCCCCUUGUCUUCCUUUGCGAGGACAAUAUCACUGGCAUACGCUGUCGUUUUUCUUCAGAAUUUAUAAGUCUCUCCCUCAAUAUCGCUUCAUUUAGUUGAUAGUGUCCUUCAAAAGUUUCAAGUAACUAUGGAGAAGAGAUGGACUCUUAGUGAUUUUGAAAUUGGAAAGCCACUAGGAAGAGGAAAAUUUGGUCAUGUCUUUUUGGCCAGAGAAAAGAAGAGUAAUCACAUAGUGGCAAUAAAAGUUCUUUUCAAGAGCCAGCUAAAGCAAUCCCAGGUGGAGCAUCAGCUCCGAAGGGAAGUAGAAAUCCAGAGUCAUCUCAGACAUACAAAUAUAUUGCGGUUAUAUGGGUACUUCUAUGAUCAGACAAGAGUUUAUUUGAUAUUAGAGCAUGCUGCAAAAGGAGAGCUUUAUAAAGAAUUGCAGAAGUGCAAAUAUUUCAGUGAGAAGCGAGCAGCCACGUAUAUUGCAUCAUUGGCUCGAGCUCUAAUCUACCUGCAUGGAAAGCAUGUCAUUCACCGAGAUAUCAAACCUGAGAAUCUUCUUCUGGGAACACAGGGCGAAGUAAAAAUUGCAGAUUUUGGGUGGUCAGUUCACACAUUUAAUCGCAGGAAGACAAUGUGUGGCACUUUGGAUUACCUUCCACCUGAAAUGGUUGAAAGUGUAGAGCAUGAUGCUAGUGUAGACAUUUGGAGCUUGGGUGUGCUAUGCUUUGAAUUCCUCUAUGGUGUACCGCCAUUUGAGGCCAAGGAACACUCAGAUACAUACAGAAGAAUCGUCGAAGUUGAUCUGAAGUUUCCUUCAAAUCCCAUCGUGUCUUCGGCUUCAAAGGACUUGAUAAGUAAGAUGCUCGUCAAAGACUCCUCGCAGCGUCUUCCACUCCACAAGCUACUUGAGCAUCCAUGGAUUAUUCAAAAUGCCGAUCCUUCUGGUAUUUCUUGAAACUUAUCCUAGUAACUGUGAGGUCCUCAAGAAAAUUGACAUCAAUGAAACUAGAAGCAGAGUAGUAAUUCACAUACUGUGUUGUCUGUUAAAGGAGAAAAUUUGCUGUCCUUCUAUUAUUGUAUUGAAACUGGAAUAGCUAUUCCGAGGUUUUUGAAAAUUUGCUUUUGAUGUUGGAAAAUUUUAAUCAUUGGUUGUUAUUUUAAUUCACCUCACCUAAUAAUUUCGGUUCUUACCA